AUGACUACUGAUCACAUCAGUCAUCUACCAUGCUACCUCUCUCGAGACUACCCGAAUUCCAGAGACCUGCGCCACUGCCACUGGACGACAUUCACUAGCGGGCUGAGACCGUUGGAGGGUUGGGAAUGCACACGCACGCGCGCACCGUCUUGGCCGCCGUUGAUCUCGGUUCACAGAUUCCUCAUCCCGGUGGUCGACUGGUAUUCACUCCCCCCUCCAAUUCCCGCAUCUCACUCGUUUUCUCAAGCCAAUUGGCGGUCGUCUGUCUCGAGACCACAACAGGUCGCAGUCGCUGCACAACGGGACGUGUUCGUCAGUGAUCUAUCUCAGUGA